CAGUUAUACAGAUACAGUUAUACAGAUACAGUUAUACAGAUACAGUUGUGUAGCUGGGGUUUAAAGCAGGUUGGAUUUUUUUUCUGAUCAGCCUGCAUUUACAGACUACUUAAUUGAAAUGUGCAUGAAUGGAUACACCUAGAUUUGUACUUCUUUUUUGGGGUGGCUUUUAAAAAAAAAGUACUUCUGUACUUUUACUUAUUAAGUAAAAAUCUGUCUUUACAACUUUUACUUGUAAUGGAGUAAUUUUUGACCAGUAGUAUUUGUACUUUCACUCAAGUAAGGAAGUGGUGUACUUUGUCCACCUCUGUUAUUUCCCCAGUAUGUGGAUUUUUUUUUAGGAUCACUGUGCUAUAUUAAACAGGAAAAGGUGGAGGCUCUGGAACAUUCUGGAAGUGGCUUUAAUCAUAGACACUCUGUUACAGGAAAUAUGCAACUUUCGUUUUCUCUGAAACACAGUCUGCUCUCUAAUAUUGAAAGUAAAAGUAACAGAGACCCUUCUUCUCUCAUUUCUCCUAUUUGGGGUUUGCACAUCACUUGUUUUCCACCGGACUCCCUGUACAUCGAGUAACUGGACUGAGAUUUUACCUUCAAAAUGGGUCAAGGAAUUACCAGAUGUUUUGUCAUGGUCCUUGGGAACACCAUGGAUUCUCACAAGAACUUUAUGGAUCAUCUCACAAAAUCACCAAGGCUUCGUGAAGUCCAUUCCAUAAAGGACAGUGAUGUCAUCAUUGCUUUUGUCCCAAUCGUGUCUCGAGCUGGUACUGACAUUCAGGCUGCAAUGAAGAAGAUUCCUAAGGAUAAGCCUGUCGUUCUCGUGGUGCUCCACCACACCUUUAAUCUAGAUGCCGUUGUUCCAGAUGUCAGACCCUAUGUGAACAGGGAGGAUGUGUUUGUUGUAGAUUGUCUCUUUCAUGAAGACCAAGGGUUGUUGAGAUCCCCGCGCAACGACGACGCAAUCAGAGCCGUGAAGAAUCACCUGAUCAGAGAGGAUCACCCUGAGGUGGACCACUACUCUCAGAAAGACCGUGCUGCAGUUAAUGCUGCGUGUGAUGUUGCUCGUUAUGGUGCAUGUGGUGGUGCAGGUACUGGUGUGGUUGGUGAUGAUGGGCUGUUGAGAUCCCCGCACAACGACAACACAGAGAAGAAUGACAAAACGGACAAAGAUGAGGUGGACCACAACUCUCAGAAAGUCCAUGCUGCAGUUAAUGGUGCGUGUGAUGUUGCUCGUUAUGGUGCAUGUGGUGGUGCAGGUACUGGUGUAGUUGGUGAUGUCAGACCCAAUGUGGAAAGGAAGAAUGUCAACACAACUCAACACAGUUAUAUCCAAGAAGAAUCACCUGCUCCUGAAAGUUCUAUAUGCUGCUUGUCUUACAGUUGGGUGGACUGCAGCCUUUGCUAUUGGAUAUUCCUUGUUGCAGUUAUUGGUGCAGUUUUUGGUGCAGUUUUUGGUGCAGCUAUUGGUGCGGCUAUUGGUGCGGCUAUUGGUGCACGUUGUAAUGCAGGUUAUAAUGCAACUUGUGAUGCACGUGAUGGUGCAGGUAUUGGUGCAGGUAUCGGUGUGGUUUUUCAUGUGGUUGGUGGUGUGGUCAUUUUUAUGAUCGUUAAAUGUUGUAAAUAGCAUUACACAUGCCACAUUACCCUUGUUUAAAUUCUCAUAAUUAAUUAUUUAAUUCAUGAUUAAAAAUCAUAGUUCCACUUGCAUGAUGUUUCAUCCUUGAGCUUCUUCUAGAUUUAGUCUUAUUAUAUGAGAGACUAUAGACACAGAUUAGCUUCAUCAUCUCUCUCUUUAACCUACAUCUAUCACUUGUUGCUUUGUGGGAGCUUUGUUUCCUCACCAAACCUCACUGAGUGUCACUCCUUGUGAUUCCUCCUUGUCACUGAGUGAAACGUCCUUGUGAUUUUUGUGUAGUCCAUGAAUGUGUGUGUGUGUGUGUGUGUGUGUGUGUGUGUGUGGGAAUGUAAGUGUGUUCUGUUUAAGUCCCUCAGCAUAGACAUGAAAUCAAAUCUGACAUGACAAGUUGGAAACAGGGACACAGUGUGUGUGUGUGUGUGUGUGUGUGUGUGUCAGUGAAAGAGAGAGAGAGAGAGAGAGAGAUAGAGAGAGAGAGACUCUUUACUUCUUUAAUGCUGACAAAAUGUUUAAAUGAACAUCUUUCAAUGGUCUUUUUUUUUAUCAUUUUCUGAAUAACAAUUUCAUUUCAUUGUCAAGUGAAUCAGGUAAUUAAAAAAGAAAAUGAUUUCUAUCUUCAUAUAAAUGUAAGUAAGAUAUAGUAAUGAUAUCCAAAUGAGGUUACAAUACAUCAACAUUCAAUUUGUAUAUCUGAUUGAUUUCUGUAUUUUAACAUACAGUUUAGAGGUGCCGUUUUCUCCCAGUUAAAUCUUUAGCUUGUUCCUGACAAGAAGAUACCAGAUGAGGAGAGUUUGCAAAGCUGAUAAAUCACACUGCUCAGAUUCACCGCAUGCAGCCAGCAGUUCACUGUUCAUCAUGAUGUAAUAGAAUUUCUCAGUGCAUAGAAAUAUAUGAAGAAUUCUGUGUAAAAUGUAAUGUGUGUGUCUUAUGCGUUGCCAUUUUUGUAAAAAUGACUCCUGAAUAAAUAAAUGAAAUCAAUAAAGUGGAUUAAAAAACA